GUACCUCCUAACCUAUACAGGAGGUACCUACCUCUCCGUUUUCCUCAACAAUUCACCGCACCAGGGUUUGUCAGCUGCUCUGUGGGAAGAUGACAGUCAUACUGCGUCGAACGUUUCCGUGCCUCCCGCCCGGUUUCACGGCUUCUGCCUCGAGGUCUCUUGCGUAGAAAGACGGGAAAUGGCCAGGAGUUCGUUCUUCGCCAAUUGCCACUCAGAUUUACCUAUCCUUGAUAAUAACAUCAACACCGCAGGGGGAAAGUCGUAUCUGUAACUGGGUUCCUCAUCACAAACCCGGAUCUCUGAACCGAGGCGACCCUUCUUAGGGGACGUUCGUCACCGAACGGGGACGGCGCCCGGCUCUGCACCAACCAGCAUCCCCGCCCCAGACGUCCCCCCUAGCUGCGUGUGGAAGCCUCGCCAAUUGAAGCUCACUCUACUCCCCCGGAUCAACCGGUCUCGCUAAGGAUCAGGUGGCGAAAACUCGAUGCCACUCAUCCGAACGAGCGAGAUAGCGAGCCCGUGGCGUUAGGCGGCCUAGUCACAUAUAUAACAUGGUCACAUUGGGGUUGCCGAUCUGGAUGUGAAAUACCGGUCGUGCCGUCCAGCCCUCUAACCUCUUGCCGUCUCCUGAACUUGUCUUUAUUAGAGCCCCGGGUUACCGAGAGUUCCGAUUGAUUCCUGCGAGUUGGAUUACUUUGUUCUGCACGGCAGAAGAGACCAGCCGUAAUCCAGCGACGCAUCUUCCCACUAUGGCUCCGGCGGACGAGUUUUCAGUCUCGAGCAACCGGGAUCGUGGCGCAAAGAACCCCAACGCCUGUGGCGUGCCACCCAGACAUGAAGUACAGCACCCAGCUACGUUCACGGAAGCAUUGAAGGCUGUACAUCGCGUCCCAGACACCCCUUCAGACACUAACAGCGAAUCGGGGUCAGAGGCCGGCGAAACCCCGUUCUUAGUGCGGCGCAAGUCGAGCACAGAUCCUUACGACGACUCGGCGCCGGUCAUCCCUGAAAUCAUACGAAUGGACGGCUCGCCAUUACGCGAGCAAUCGAGUUCCGAACAGUCACCGGCUUCGCUCAAGCUCAGAUCCACAAGCACGGGCAAAAGGACCUACGUGGUCGCUAGCAAUGAUGCCGAGCUCCGUGAGAUGUUGAAGAGGAGCCUAGAGAGGGAGAAGGAGAAAAAGUCUCCAAAUCGGCGGGAGAAGUUUAGGGACAUGGUCUUCACCAGACAGUUUUCCGCUUUUGACCGACAGAAUCGAGAUGCCGCAAACAGCCCCUUCCACGGCUUUUACGUCCUCUUCUGGAUUUCCGUGGCAGUACUUAUUGUCAAGAUGGCUGCUGAUAAUUGGAGAAAGACGGGAAGCCCGCUUGGCACCAAUGAGAUCAUGAAGGCAAUGUUUCGGAGAGAUGUUAUCGUCCUCUUGUUGUCCGAUGGCAUCAUGUGCGGUUUAACCGGAGUGAGCUUUGUAAUCCAACGCCUGGUUUUCCUUCAAUAUAUCGACUGGGAUAAGGCCGGCUGGAUAGUGCAGAAUGUCUGGCAGACUAUGUUCAUCGCCGGCGUGAUCGGCCUCACACUCCUGAGGGAUUGGCCGUGGACCCACACCGUUUUUUUCGUCCUUCAUGGCCUAGCGAUGCUUAUGAAGCAACAUUCUUAUGCAUUUUACAACGGUCACCUCUCGUCCGUUUAUAAGAGACGGCAGAGUCUUCUCCUCACAUUAAAACAGCUAGAGAAUGUAUCGCCUGCUCCAUCCCCGUCGUCGACAAACCCGCAAAUUUCGGCACUGUCUACUUCUCACCUCACGCUUCAGCUCUCCGCAGACGAGUAUCACGAAAGGCGGCACUCGCUACCAAAGUCACGGUCUGCUGACCCGGAUGACAUCGAGAGCAUAUCUCGGGCUAUCGACGCGGCGCAACCGCUCGAUGCAGAACAGCUGCAUGUAUUCGAGAGACUCAUCAAAUGGGAAGUCGACGCGCUCGCGGACGAACUCAAGGGCAAAGCAACGGAUUCCGCACAGUACUACCCGAAUAACCUCACCUUCUUGAACCAUUAUGAAUACAUCGUGCUGCCUACCGUGGUCUACGAGUUACAGUACCCCAGAUCCGAAAGCAUUAACUGGCUGUACGUCGCCGAGAAGGUCUGCGCGAUGGUCGGGGUAAUAUUCGUUAUGAUCAUGAUCUCCCAAGCCGGGAUUUACCCUGUCGUGAUGAGGACUGUUUAUAUGAAGGAGAUGGGCUGGUCGACCGCUGAACGAUUCGGAGAAUUCCCGUGGAUGCUCAGCGACCUCAUCUUCCCCUUCAUGAUGGAGUACCUGUUGGCCUGGUAUCUGAUCUGGGAGACGGUGCUCAACAUACUGGCCGAGCUCACGUACUUUGCCGAUCGAAGUUUCUAUGACGCAUGGUGGAAUAGUGUGUCGUGGGACCAAUUCGCCCGCGACUGGAACCGGCCCGUCCACAACUUCCUUCUGCGGCACGUGUAUCACAGCUCGAUCUCGUCGAUGCGAGUCAACAAGCACACCGCCACUCUGAUCACCUUCUUCCUGUCGGCCUGCAUCCACGAGCUCGUGAUGUGGUGUAUCUUCAAGAAGCUCCGGGGCUAUCUACUCAUGCUACAGAUGUUCCAGCUCCCGCUCGUGCGGCUGAGCCGGACGAAGUGGCUCCGCGACCAGAAAACGCUCGGCAACGCCAUCUUCUGGGUUGGGAUCUUCACGGGGCCGAGUUUGCUAUGCAGCCUGUAUCUGAUCCUGUGACGAACCAUUCCACCUGCAUUUCGUUUCUUCUUCUUCUUCUUCUUCUUCCUGCGCCUACCUCAUGGCUUUCCCUUCUGCUCGAAAAUUACGGACGGCGGCUCGCUUCUUGUAGGAUACAGCUAGGUGUACAUAAGCUGAAUGUAGUUAAGUAUACAUGUAGUUAGAUACCAAGUCUCCCAUUUGACUCGCUGGUCGAUUUUCUGCUACGGCGUACGUGAUGAUGUAACCUGGGUAACGUACGUGCCCAAAGUGGCCAGCGUUACCUACUGCCUCGAGGCUCACGAUAGGCCAUAGAGAAAUCUACUCAUAUGAGUGCGUGUAGAG